AUGGGCCUCAGCAGAGCGUCAUUGGGCUUCCUCGGCCUAUUUUUUAUGGCCGGCUCAAUUCUACUCAUCUUCCUCACAUUGCUGGGGGGUGCGCGCAACACUAAUCCGCUGAAUCAGGUGUACUUCCUCCAGGCCGACACGGGCAAUAUUCCAGGUGCUCCGGCAACCUCACGCUGGACAUUCUGGAAUCUGUGUGGGGUGACAGAUGAUGGAAAGAACGACUGCGGAAGCUCUCACCCGGACUUCCCCUUGGAUCCCCCAAGUCAUCGCAACUUCGACACGACCGAUAAUGUACCGCAGCAGUUCAUCGGGACAAGUCACUACUUCCUGAUGACCCGUUUUAUGUUCCCCUUCAUCAUCAUCGGUCUGUUCUUUGCGGUGGUCUCGCUCUUCACUGGCCUGCUAGCCAUGUGCACUCGUAUCGGCAGCUAUAUCUCUGGCUUUGUGGCCUGGCUGGCAUUGACCUUCCAGGUUAUCACUACUUGUCUCAUGACUGCUGCCUAUGUCCAGGGCCGCGAUGCCUUCAACAGCAACGGUCAGACCUCUAAGCUCGGCGUCAAGGCUUUCGCUUUUAUGUGGACUGCAAGUGCUUGUCUGUUCCUUUCUUGCCUGAUGUACUGUCUCGGUGGUGCUGUCGGUCGUAAAGAUGAUGGCUACAGCGGACGCAAGGAGCGUCGCCGCGGAUUCUUCAAUUCAGCUCGCUCAAACAGUGUGCGAAGCCAGAAGAAGGAAUCCUACGCUUAG